AUGAAAGUGAAAUCAAGAAUUUAAUUACGUUUACCAAAACAUUCUGGACAUUUGCAAACAGAGGCAAGUUAAGAUUAAUUGUAAUCUACUAAUGAUACACGAUUCAAAGGUGAUUUGACUUGUAGAUCUACUUUUAAGGGAAAGAAUGGGAUAAAAGAAGCUUUAAUGAUAUCAAAUAUAAAAUUAGCAUUUUAAGAGGAAAUAGAUAAAAUUAAGGAGGAGAUAAGGAUACCUGAAAAGUAAUAAUAAUUGAUGUAAGUGUUUAUAUGAUUAUAUAAGUACUGAGAUGUUAUAAUAAAAUAGAGUUAUCAUUCAAAAUACUCUAAUACAAUUAAAUUAAUUAUUUUUAGAAAGGAAGGAUAGAGAUUAAGCAAUAAAAAUAAUCAAUGAAAUAAGCAAUUAAGUAUUGAAAUCUAAGAUUCCAGGUAUGAUCACAAGUAAUUAUAGACUUAAAAAUAUUCAUACACCUUAAAUUAGCUAAAAUUGUAUGCAGUUAUAAAUUGCUCUACUUUAGUAUAAUAUUAACCAAAAUAGUAAAGAGAAUGUCUGAUAAUGAACAUUUAUUAAAAUAUAAAUUAUUGGCUUAUAAACUUUUAGGAAUUUGUUUUUUUAAAUUAAGGAAUAGAUAAUCAAAAAUAUAUUUUACUAAAUAUUUGAUGUGUAGUUGGAAAUUAAAUAAAAAGAAUCAUGAAUUGAAAGCUUAUGAAUAUUUGGGGAAGUACUAUUUUUAAGAGGGAGAUGUAGACAAGGCCACAACAUUUCAUGAGAGAAUGGUAAAUGGAGCCAUUUUAGUAAUAUAUCCAAAUAAAAUAAUUUAAGUUACCUUAUUCAUCUUUGAGAGUAUUGGGCAUACGUAAAUUGGAAUAAGGAUCAAUUGGAAAAGGCAAAAAGAAUUAUGGAUUGGUAGAAUAUCAUGAAAUUAAUGUUUCUAGUGAUGCAGAAGGAUUUGAAUUAGUAUUUAAUGAUGAUGAUUCUUUACCAAAUAAAGUUGCAAUUAAAAAAAUGGAUUAAUUGGUUUAGAAUGGAUAAAGACAAAGUCUUAUUAAUUAUCCUAUUAGAAAGAAUUUAAUAUUUCAACAUAGGAGUUUACAUCAAUUAGAAAAUAAAAUCAAGACUCGAAAUACACAUCAAUUACCAGUGAUGUUAAAUCAUUUAAGUCCUAAUAGAUAAUUAGUAAAUUAUUAAUUUUUGGAAUUAAACAAAGCAGUACCCAAUUAUAAAUAGACUCAAAAUAUAGAUCCUUAUUUUGAGAGAAAAGAUACUCAAAGCAUUGCAAAUUUAAUAAUUAAAUUAUCUCGUGUAUUAGAAUAAGUGGACAUUUGGAUUAAAUUAUGA